AUGAAACAGUCAAGCCUGCUAAAUUUCUUUGGUAAAAAGGCGGAAAAUUCAUCACAAAGUUGUACUAAUGAAAUAUUGGAUACAAGUUCUACGUUAACAGAAUGUAAACAGUCUAAUGGUGAUGAAAGUUUCAUUAUUCCCGGUACACCGGAUACCAGUAUUCGAAGUUUAGAAACUCCAUUAACUGGAAGAGCAGCUUUAGGAAAUCUACAAUUGCAUAGAAUACCAUCACCAUCGCCACGGAGUAAAACGCGAACAGCAGUUACACGUCGCUCAUCAUUUACAAUUCGACGUGAAGAAAUUGUACGAUCAAAAUUGACUGAUCUACUUUCUGGUGAUCCUGUCGAUCCAAAUGAAAAUGAUUUCAUGCGUGCUGAUCGACAGGCACGAGCUUCUGCUAAGCUGCGUCGAGGGAAUUAUGAUCUUUUAAAUUAUGCUCCUCAAGACCAAAUCAUCAUAAAAGUGACAUCAAGUAAUGAGGUAUUUAAGAGUGGAGCAUCAUGUCAGUCUUUAUACACCAGUAGUCGGGCUAAAAUGAUGGUGUCCAAAGCCUUAACUACAACAUGCUUAACGUCAAGCUGCAAGUUGACAGGAGAUCCGUUAGUCGUGAAUCCUGUUGAAAAGCUUGCAAAACGUAUGAAGAUAGAUGACCAGUGUAUUUCUCAUUCUAAGGACGUAAAUAUUUCAACCAAUAAGGAGAAAACAAAUCUCUCUGCGCCUAAAGGAAUUCAUCUUAAUACUGAGGAGUUAUCUGUCUUAGAUGAUGUCUUAAAUGAACUGGUCGUGGAGACAAACAACAUAUCAAGUAGCAAGACUUGUAAGUACGAGUCAGUGGAUUUAAAAGUGUCGAAAACGCUAGUUGGUGGUGAGGAGCAGAUUACACAGUCAGUUGUCCAUGAUGAGACAUUACAGGAUCUUAAUUUAAGCGAUUGGACACCUGAAACCAAAGAGAUAGAAAAGGUUGAAGAUGGGUGCACUGUAAAUGAUCAGUUGUUUAAAGACCAGAAUCAAUCCUUUAUACGUGCUACAGUUUUGGAAAUCACUAAGAAACGAGACCAAACUGAUUUAGUGGUUCGUGUAUACAACAGUAAUAACCAUAAUAAUAAUGAUAAAUGUAACACUACUGAAAUGAAUGUUAUCCUGCGUGAUUCGUGGCAAGACUCACCAAUUCGUAUAAACGAUGUCAUUCAUAUUAUACCGGAUGUGUUCAACACUGAUGAUAUGGAAGUAUCUGUAAGGCAUUCUUCUUCUUCUUCUUUUCCACUGGUUAUAUCUGAUCAUAAUAAUAAUAAUUCUACAUGUUCUGUAGUAUGCUUACACCCGAAUUAUCUUCUGCCUACUACAAAGAUUGUCGGUAGCUUGAAUUGUUUAAGACGUGCCGUGUUAGAACAAUUUUGGCUUUCUGAUAGUAGUAGUAGUAGUGGUUCUAUUGAUAAUGAUGCUUUAUUAUCGACAACAACAAAUCAAAGUUCUUAUGGACCUGAAGUUAUGCUGAUUGGUAGUUUAGUUCAUGAACUUUUUCAAAAGAUAAUUUCCGAAGAAACCAUUCCUAGAAAUAUGAUCUCUCAGAUGAUUUCUGAUCUUGUUCAUCGUCCGUCAACAGUAUUACAAAUGUAUGCACUUGAUAUGAAGUUGAAAGUGCUUAUCACAAAAUUGGAAGAAUAUGUACCGAAAAUUCUUAACUGGAUUCAAGCCCACUAUCCUGAACGACGAAAUGAUGGCGCUCGAUCGAUUACUACUGGCCAAGUGAAGAUAGAGGAUGUUAUUGCUGUAGAAGAAAAUAUAUGGUCGAGUCGCUUAGGUUUGAAAGGCAAAAUUGACUUGACAUUGUUAUGUCGAAUGCCUUUAAAUAGUGGGUCUGGUGGUGAUGAAUUGAUGCUGCCAACCUUAAAUGUGAUACCUAUGGAAUUGAAAACUGGUAAUCCAUCUUAUUCAAUUGAACAUAAAGGUCAAGUCUAUUUGUAUCUGCUGUUAGCCAAAGAAUUUUACGGUACACAUUACACCACGUCUAAACAUCCAUCUGUGCCUGUUGCAAAUGCUGGUUGGCUUGUUUAUCUAAAAGAGGCAAUAACAAAUAAUGAGCGCUGUCAAAAACAAAAGUCAUACACAAAUCCAAGCAUUGUUUACCCUGAUGUAAGAAGUUUUCGUGGUCUUAUACACACACGUAAUCAGUUAGUUUCGGGCAUUAUGGAUUUGUUGAAGUCAACGGAUACUUCUUCCUCAUCCGCUCAUACUGAAAACUGGAAAGCUGAUUUACCCAAUUGUAUAAAACAACUGCGUGUAUGUCAAAUGUGUAGCGUACAGCUGACAUGUAGUUUAUUUGAGAAAAGUCAUACAAAGUCGCAUACUAUUGCAAGCAAUUCAUUUAAAAAUGUUCCAGAAUUUCUUAGUAAGCGUCGUUCUCAUCUGUGUCAGGAACAUAUUAAUUUUUUUAUUCACUGGUCUAAACUUCUGUUAACUGAACACUAUGAUAAUGAACGUUUUGAAGAUGUAAUUGGACGUAUCUGUAAAUCAUCUUCAAAGAUUGACAAAUUUAUUUCUUCUGGUACUGUUCGUGGUUUACGUUUAUUGAAAACAAAAACUAUUGAAUCUUCUCUAUCCGGAGAAUGUGAAGUUCAAAGUUGGUUUAUUUUAGAGGAGAAAUCAAAUGAUCAUUCAGAUGAAACAUUAUUAUCACUUUCUGGUUUAAGUGUGGGUGAUUUAGUAAUUGUCAGCAGUGAUGAUGGUCGUUUCUUGGGCAUAGAUUUAGCGACAAUUGUUCCUACUGACGAAUUCUGUGGUGUUGAAACUAAUAAGCGUCAUCGUGUUAGUAGUUCAAAUCAACUGUAUUGUAACAAAUCUGUUAUUUCUCUUAUGUCUACCAGACCAUUUCUUGAUCGGGUUAAAUUAUUUCGUAUCGAUCGUUAUAUAACAAUGAAAACAGUUCAGUUGAACUUAUCGAAUUUAGUGGGAUUAAUGCAAAAUUCUAAACUGUGCGAAGCACUACGAGAACUAAUCAUCGAUGGUCGGAUGCCUAACACAUCAAAAACAAUAUCAAAACGCGUUGUGAAAGAAAUUCGUCCAAUUUUGAAACCAUUAAAUAUGAAUCAACGUGUAGCUAUUCUUCAAACGCUAUUUUCACACGAUUAUAUCUUAAUCAAAGGUUAUCCAGGAUCAGGAAAGACUGAAACUUUAGUCGCUUUAUUGCGUGUUCUUAUUCUACUGAAGAAAAGAAUCCUUGUCGCAGCGCAUACUCAUUCUGCUGUAGAUAAUCUUCUUUUAAGAUUGUGUCAAACUGGUGAAAGUCGUAUUUUAAGAUUGGGUCAGAUAAAUCGAAUACACACCAAUUUGUUAAAGUAUUCACUUGAAUCCAAACUGAACACGUUUUUGAAGUCAAAUGAAAAAUCACGGAUUGACGCGACUGAUUAUUUACAUAGUCUUAUGAAAGAUGCUGUUGUUGUUGGAUGUACGGCGUUGUCUGCAAGUGGUGGGAAUGAUUCAAAACAUGCAGCACUGAUACAUGAAAAAUUUGACGUUGUUUUAAUUGAUGAAGCUAGUCAGUUGAUGUGUCCUACCAGUUUAGGACCAUUAUUGUGUCUGAAUAAUGAGCAACGAUCUGAUGAUAGUGUAAAGUGUUGUCGAUUCGUACUUGUCGGUGAUCCGUAUCAGCUGCCUCCUUUGGUUCGAAGUCAAAAGGCCAAGCAAGGCGGUUUAAAUCAAAGUCUUUUCUCACUACUAUUAAAUCAUAAUCAUCAUCAUAUUGAACACGAUUAUGGACAGUCAGUGGCCAGCAAUCCGUCAGACGAAUUGUCAAAUAAAGAGUAUAUUAUUGAGCUGACAAUUCAAUAUCGCAUGAAUUCAAGCAUUCUAGCAUUAUCUAAUCGUUUAGUGUAUCAGAAUAAAAUGUCUUGUGCUGAUGCAAAUGUAUCACAGGCUACUCUACAGUUAAAACCUGGAGUUUCAGAUAGAAAUAUGCAAAAGAUGCCAUUAUGGAUUAAACGUGUCAUGAGUUCAUCACUUUCUGAUUCUGUAUUGCUUUUGGAUACAAAAGAACUUCAGUGUUGUGUCACUCCUUCCAAUCAAUCGCAUGCAUUAAAUUCUAAUCCAACUGAAGCCCAAUUAGUUUUGUUUAUGAUAAAACAAUCUAUGAAUACGUUUCUGCUUGAUUCUAAAGACAUUGGCAUCAUUGCACCGUAUAGAGCACAAGUUCAUCUACUCAAGAAUAUAAUGAAAGAAAAUUUACUUGAAGAUAUUGAAGUAAAUACUGUUGAUCAAUUUCAAGGUCGUGAUAAACGAUGGAUUUUACUUUGUCUAACUAAUUGUCCUUCAAUGUUGAGAAAUCAUGGAAAUGAUGAGUGUACUGAAUUCAAUCGAGUUCAUCUACUUGAAGAUUUAAGUCGUUUAAAUGUCGCUUUAACUCGUGCUCGACAUAAACUCACCAUUCUUGGUUGUACUGGUGAGCAUAAUUCACAAGGGGAAAAAGAACAAUUCAGUCAGAUAACAAAACUCAAAGAAUUAUUUUCUCUUAUCAAAUCAACAUUUAGUUAUGAAGCAUUACCGGUGGAUACUAUUUCCUAUAUCAAUAAUAGUAGUAGUGUGAAACAUAAACACAGAUUUUAUGUUUUACCCUUUUGGUUUUAG